UUGUGCUUUGCCUCCCACUUUUCUUGGGACUUGUGAAAAUUUUCUCGUUGGCGUAUGGAGUAGGAAUUAUUGUAACGCUAGUAAGACUACAUGUCAACCAUGGACACGUAUUAGUUUUACUUUGUGAAGGUGGAACAGGCAAGUGGUUUGGUUAUUAUUUUAGAUAUCGGCAAGUAUUUUGCGAGUAUUGCUUAUAGUAUAGGACUUUCGGAUCUACAAGUGGCCAUCGGCGACAUCAGCAAGUGUGAAUGUCGGACUUGUUUCAUCUGUCGCUUCAGCAUCCUCACAAUUGGUAGUGUUCACCAGGCCCCACCAUGCUGAGUUUCCUCCGCCGGACGCUGGGUCGACAGUCCAUCGGUAAGCAUGCUGACAAGGCCCGGUUGAGAGAGGCCCAGCGGGCCACCACACACAUCCCUGCUGCCGGGGACUCCAAGUCUGUCAUCACCUGCUGUGUGUCAAUGCUGGACGGCACAGACGUCAGUGUGGACCUAGCGAAAAAAGCCAAGGGUGAGGAGCUGUUUGACCAGGUCAUGUACCAUCUGGACAUCGUAGAGAAGGACUACUUCGGACUACGCUUCAUGGACUCUGCACAAGUACCGCAUUGGCUUGACAUUACAAAAAGCAUUAAAAAACAAGUCAAAAUCGGACCUCCAUACUGCCUUCACAUGAGAGUUAAGUUCUACUCCUCAGAACCCAACAACCUGCACGAGGAGUUGACCAGAUAUCUAUUUGUAUUACAACUAAAGCAAGACCUCCUCAGUGGCAAGUUAGAAUGCCCUUUGGACACAGCAGUGGAACUGGCAGCCUUCUCGUUACAAGCUGAGCUGGGAGACUGUGACCCUGCGGAGCAUGCUCUGGACAUGGUGUCUGAGUUCCGCUUCAUGCCAGAGCAGACGGAGGCCAUGGAGCUGGCCAUCUUCAACACCUGGAAGGAGUGCAGAGGCCAGAUGCCGUCGCAGGCAGAGAUUAACUACCUGAACAAGGCCAAGUGGCUGGAGAUGUAUGGGGUGGACAUGCACAUGGUCAAGGCUCGAGAUGGUAAUGAAUACCAGUUAGGACUGACUCCAACUGGAGUGCUGGUGUUUGAGGGAGAGACUAAGAUAGGCCUGUUCUUCUGGCCCAAGAUCACCCGUCUAGACUUUAAGAAGAGCAAGCUGACCCUGGUGGUGGUGGAGGAGGAUGGAGAAGAGGCUCAGGAGACAGAAGAGGGCAAAGAGCAGCAGCACACGUUUGUGUUCCGUAUGGACCACCCCAAGGCUUGUAAGCACCUGUGGAAGUGUGCUGUGGAACACCAUGCUUUCUUCCGGCUCCGCGGCCCCGUCCAGAAGGGCUCAGCGCGCUCCGGGUUCAUCCGCAUGGGGUCACGCUUCCGCUACAGUGGGAAGACUGAGUACCAGACCACCAAGGGCAACAAAGCCAGGAGGUCAGCAUCGUUUGAGAGGAGGCCCAGCCGACGCUAUUCCAGGAGGACCAUGAUGAACUGGGGAGCCAACAAUCCCCAGGAUCACAACAACGGAAUGAGCCCCAACACAGAUGCCAAGCCCCUCCACAUCAGAAGCCCCUGGUCCCUGCCCGUGGUCAGCCCUGCAUCCUCAGGCUCCACCAGCAGACCUAUGAAAAUCGAAACCCUCCCCAGGAGUCCUGGCGGUGGCCAAUCGGAGAAGAGGAGCAUGGCCUUGCCACUCGUAGCCGAUCUACUGGAGACAUGCGUUAAUGACGACACCCAUACACCCGUUCCCAUGGCGACAGCAGGCCUGUCUGAGGAGGCGGGGCUAAGCAUGGCUGCCUCCGCCUCCAGCCUCACAGGGGAGGAGAAAGUCUCUCUUGCCGAGGCAGCAGCGCGGCUGAAGCAGCUGGAACUACACAGUCUCUCGCUCCCUGUCCCUUCCAGAGCCAACCUCAACAUGAACAACCAGGAGGAUGUGGUGAAGCUCACAGAGGAGUGCCUGAACAGUGUGGCUAGCAGCUCUGUGCCUUCUCCACUUCGCCCCCCAGAGGACCUGAAGAGGAACAUUAUCAAAGCCCAGGCACAGGCUGCCCUCAAGAGCUCCCUGGAGGAGCACGUUGUGAUGGGGGACAAGAACACCAAUGUACAGGAAGCUGCAGCCAGGCUGAAGGUGCGUAGUGGCCGUAUGGGCAGCAACUCCUCCCUGUCUCUAACUGCACGUCCCGAGAGACAGGAGUCAAGGGACCUCCUCAAACCCACACUGCUGGCCAGUGUUGAGAUGUUGGCUGUGGAUCUCAUGCAAUCAGCACCUAUGAUGCCCCUUGAAAUACUUAACGGAGGGCAACCAACAAAGGCCGAACCUGAGGAGCUGAAGAUGCCCACCCCUCCGCCACUGAGCAGUAACCUGAUAGACUUCUCAGACCCAACCCCAGUAUUACCGCCAUCAUCAGUGCAAUCCAAGCCCAUGAUAUCACCUCGCUGGAUCAUCCCUGCUGCUGCACCACUCGCUGCCAUCUUUACUAACGACCUCUUUGACCUUGACCCCUCUGCAAAGACCGCCGCCCCUCUCCAACCUGAAGGUGGAGCUCUCACUUCAGCCCUGCACCCCCAUCUCUCCUCUCAAAUGCACAAUGUGAUUGAGACCAGCAUUCUGGCCCAGCCACCCAAAGAGCACGGCACCAAGCACAAUGGUCUGUUGACCACUGAGCUCUGAGUGGGAACCAGGGAGGGAGCUAGCUUCUACCCUCCUCACAACGAAUACUUCCUACUCCUGGUGUUUCCAAACUAGGGGACUACUUCCUACCCUGAGCACAUUCAUCUCCUACUGCAUUCCCAAACCUGGGGGAAGUUCCUGCCCUAGUGACAGCCAGUAUCUCCUACUGCGUUCCCAAACCUGGGGGAAGUUCCUGCCCUAGUGACAGCCAGUAUCUCCUACUGCGUUCCCAAACCUGGGGGAAGUUCCUGCCCUAGUGACAGCCAGUAUCUCCUACUGUGUUCCCAAACUAUUCCCAAACCAGCAGCAAUCAAGAGAUUGGAAUUCCUCGUCUCACUAUAUUCCAGUUUGGAGCAGUGUUUUUAUUUUAGUACCACAGUUGGUUCACUGCUUCUUUUCAUAAGCAUUCCUACAAAGUGCACAGACUCCCUUUUAGAAAUGUUUACAGCAGGAAGGGACUGCAAUAAGUGCUAAGGAAGAGGACAUCUGUUCCUCAAGCCACUGAAUUACAUUGGAGCACCUGGACCUGGACUCUGAGAAGAUAUGAAACACUGGAGCACUGGACCUGGACUCUGAGAAGAUAUGAAACAAUGACUUUCUACUGAUGGUUUUUAGUCCUGUGUUUUAAAACCUUUUUUAUUUAAAGUCAUACAGAGUGAAUCAAUCAAGUACCAGUGUUCAGAUAGGACCUGGUGCUCACUAGAUGUUUCUGAAUCUGAUUUAAGACUCAGUUAUCAGAGACAACAGCAAUAUGUAGAAUGCAGGCAUGAAUUUAGCCACAUCUAAAAUGUUAUUCCUAUUUUGUAUCCAUAUAAAAACGCUGUAGCUACAAUCUGCCUUAAGCUAGCAGAAUGUUAAAUUAUGAUCGCAUAACUUUACACAGUAAGGAAAUACUACCACUACUAGUACUAAUACUACCACUAUUUCUACUGUAUCUAGGCCUAUACUGUACUUUAGUUUUUCAUCUUACUGAGGCCACUGCUUACGACUGGAGUGUCUGUGUGUGAUGCUAAUAUCUAAUCAUGUAGUCUUGACACUUUCUGGCUGUGGUCAUCAAUGACAGGUGACAUGACUCAUAGGCUGACAGAGGAAAUAGUCCUAUCACAAACUGUCUCUCCAUUGGUUCUUUUCCACACUAAGCCAAUCACAUACAGGAUCUCUGGUGGUAGGAAGUUGUCAGUCAACUGUAUUAUUCACUAAUGUAAGAUGUAAUUAAAUGUAUUUUAGAUAUCAGAUGGGCGGUAGAUCAGAAGUAGGUAUUUGCGAGACGAUGUGCAGUAGAGGUAAAAGCAGAAGACAUUUUCAAAUACAGUUCAUUUGAACAAGUGAUCUGUGAACAACACCCAUCUCAACGGAAAGACUUAAAACACAUCACGUUUAGUUUUUUAACUUAAAAUAGCCACUCUGAUAAGAUGUGAAGUGUUCUCUCUCUGUGUCAUGAAUAUAAACUCAGCAAAAAAAGAAACGUCCUCUCACUGUCAGCUGCAUUUAUUGUCAGAAAACUUAACAUGUGUAAAUAUUUGUAUGAACAUAACAAGAUUCAACAACUGAGACAAACUGAACAUGUUCCACAGACAUGUGACUAACAGAAAUUGAAUAAUGUGUCCCUGAACAAAGGGGGGUCAAAAUCAAAAGUAACGGUCAGUAUCUGGUGUGGCCACCAGCUGCAUUAAGUACUGCAGUGCAUCUCCUCAUGGACUGCACCAGAUUUGCCAGUUCUUGCUGUGAGAUGUUACCCCACUCUUCCACCAAGGCAAGUUCCAGGACAUUUCUGAGGGGAAUGGCCCUAGCCCUCACCCUCUGAUCCAACAGGUUCCAGACGUGCUCAAUGGGAUUGAGAUCCGGGCUCUUCGCUGGCCAUGGCAGAACACUGACAUUCCUGUCUUGCAGGAAAUCACGCACAGAACAAGCAGUAUGGCUGGUGGCAUUGUCAUGCUGGAGGGUCAUCUCAGGAUGAGCCUGCAGGAAGGGUACCACAUGAGGGAGGAGGAUGUCUUCCCUGUAACGCACAGCGUUGAGAUGGCCUGCAAUGACAACAAGCUCAGUCCGAUGAUGCUGUGACACACUGCCCCAGACCAUGACGGACCCUUCCAAAUCGAUCCCGCUCCAGAGUACAGGCCUCGAUGUAACGCUCAUUCCUUUGAUGAUAAACGUGAAUCCAACCAUCACCCCUGGUGAGACAAAACCGCAACUCAUCAGAGAAGAGCACUUUUUGCCAGUCCUGUCUGGUCCAGCGACGGUGGGUUCGUGCCCUUUGGCAAUGUUGUUUCCGGUGAUUUAUGGUGAGGACCUGCCUUACGACAGGCCUACCAGCCUCGCUCAACCUAUUGCGGACAGUCUGAGCACUGGAGGGAUUGUGCGUUCCUGGUGUAACUCGGACAGUUGUUGUUGCCAUGCUGUACCUGUCCCGCAGGUGUGAUGUUCGGAUGUACCGAUCCUGUGCAGGUGUUGUUACAUGUGGUCUGCCACUGUGAGGAUGAUCAGCUGUCCGUCCUGUCUCCCUGUAGCACUGUCUUAGGCGUCUGUCAGGACAUUGCAAUUUUUUGCCUUGGCCAAAAAUCUUCAUGCAGUCCUCAUGCCUCGCAGCAUGCCUACGGUACAUUCACACAGAUGAGCAGGGACCCUGGGCAUCUUUCUUUUGGUGUUUUUCAGAGUCAGUAAAAAGGCCUCUUUAGUGUCCUAAGUUUUCAUAACUGUGACCUUAAUUGCCUUCGGUCUGUAAGCUGUUAGUGUCUUAACGACCGUUCCACAGGUGCAUGUUAAUUAAUUGUUUAUGGUUCAUUGAACAAGCAUGGGAAACAGUGUUCAAACCCUUUACAAUGAAGAUCUGUGAAGUUAUUUUGGAUUUUUAAGAAUUAUCUUUGAAAGACAGGGUCCUGAAAAGGGGACGUUUCUUUUUUUGCUGAGUUUAUAAACUAAUUUGCCAAGAACAUUCUUUGUCAUAUUAUUGAAUUGCAUCAGAGAUUGUAGAGAUGGUGAUUGACCAAAAUGAGUGGUAUUUUUUUAAAGCUCUGAGAGGAAACUUUUCUCAGUUUAAACAUACCACUUUUUCUCUCUGCUGUUUGAAGUUGUGCUUCACCAUGUAAGUGCACUUGUGCUGUAGCUCUCGUACCUUAAUUUAUUCCUCUUUUUGUAAGACCUUGUUCUUCCCACUGGAUUUAAGUGUAUUGUAGAUGGAAAAAAUAAACUGCUCUCGAUAGUCACCAUA